GCCUUGCAGCUGGCAGAGCACUCCGCCAAAGACGAUUCAGAAGAGAAGCUGCGCCCUUUCUCCUCUCUCUUUCUCAUUUUCGGAGCUAGCUAGCUAAACGUUACUCGGCUAAAAAAGAUGUCGGACGAAGGUAAACUGUUCAUCGGAGGUCUGAGCUUCGACACGACGGAAGAGUCUCUCGCGGCGGCUUUCGGCAAGUUUGGAACCAUCGAAAAAGUGGAUGUGAUCAAAGACAGAGACACGGGGUACUCUCGCGGGUUCGGCUUUGUUAAGUAUGAGAAUUCAGAGGAUGCUAAAGACGCAAUGGAGGGCAUGAAUGGAAAGACGUUGGAUGGCCGAGCUAUCCGCGUGGAUGAGGCGGGAAAGAGCGGCGGAGGUGGCCGGUCAGGCGGCGGCGGUGGUGGUUACGGCUCGGCACCGCGAGGCCGAGGCGGGUACAGCGGCGGCCGCGGCAGAGGAGGUGGAGGAUACUACGGCGGAGACGGUGGGUACUCUGACCGCAGCGACAGGAGCGGUGGAGGCGGUGGCUACCGCAGCGGUGGAGGCGGCAGGCAGGGCGGCGGUGGAUACGGAGGAUACCGCGACCAACAGGACUACAACUAGUAAAACUGUUUCUAAAAAUUCAGGAGCAUCACCUGGAUGACUGGCCGAUUUUCUAAGAUGGCUGCUCAAAAGAAAAAUGCCCACGUGUUAAUUGCUGACCUUUAGUUUCCGAAGUUCUGUUGAAGCAGCUAAGCGCGCGAAUAUGUUUAAGAAGAAAAAGAAUGUAAACGGUCCACUAUUUUUUUGUGAUAAAAACCAUGUUUAAGAAGAAAAAGAUGGGAUGAGUGACACCUGUAAGAUGUCCCUCUGGCACUCUGUCACUGUAUUAUAUGCACAUUCACAUGUUUUUGUUCAAAUAAAUAUAGUUUGUAUUUAAA